AUGGCGGCGGCCGGCGGCGCUGAGGGCGCGGAUGGCGCUGAGGGCGCGGAUGGAGGCCCCGCGCUGUGGGCCGAGGUGCGGGCGCUGCUGCCUCGCGCCGAGGAGGGGCUGACCUUGGCACUGAGCGGGGAGGUGGAGGGCUGCGUCCUGCCGCUGCUGCGGCGCGCCCGCGCUCUGCUCUACAGCCCGCCGGGCCCGCCCGGGGCGGCGGCAGCGGCGGCGCUGGCGCGCUUCGGAGACGUCCUGCGCGACUAUUCCUGGGAGAAGCUGAACGCGGUGCCGUGGAGGGAGGUCGGCAAGGGCUGGCGGCAGGUCUACGCCUACGGCUGCCUCUUCGGGGCGCUGGCCGAGGUGGCCGCGGGCCGCCCGCGGGCCGCCGUGCGCCUCUGCGACCUGGGGCUGCUGCUCGGCGCCGCCGUCCUGGACAACGUCCUGGCGCGCCUGGUGCGCGCGCUGCAGCCGCGCCUGCCCCGCGGGACCGCGCGGGACCGGCCCCGCGCACAGAGGGUCCGGCCCGAGCGGCCCCCGCCGCCCCCCGCGGUGCAGCCGGAGGAGGCGAUUCCUCACCUUCACUGCCCUUCGCUGGAGCACUUCAGAGACAACUACCUCAUUCCCGAGCGGCCCGUGGUCCUGGAGGGCGUCAUGAACCACUGGCCGUGUAUGAAGAAGUGGAGCGUGGACUAUUUUUGUCAGGUCGCAGGGUGCCGCACAGUCCCCGUGGAGUUGGGUGCCCGGUACACAGAUGAGGAAUGGUCUCAGCAGCUCAUGACUGUCAAUGACUUCAUCAGCCAGUAUAUCAUGGAUGAGAACAGUGUAGGAUACCUUGCCCAGCACCAGCUUUUUGAUCAGAUCCCAGAACUGAAAGAAGAUAUCAGUAUCCCUGACUACUGCUGCCUGGGGGAAGGGGAAGAAGAUGACAUCACCAUUAAUGCUUGGUUUGGUCCAGGAGGCACAGUCUCACCUCUUCAUCAGGAUCCCCAGCAAAAUUUUUUAGCCCAGGUAUUAGGAAGAAAGUAUAUCCGUCUGUAUUCACCACAAGAUUCAGAAAACCUGUACCCACAUGAAAGCCAAAUUCUUCACAACACUAGUCAGGUUGAUGUGGAAGAUCCCGACUUGGUCAAGUUUCCCAAUUUCACAAAGGCUGCCUUUCAGUCCUGCAUUCUGAUGCCUGGACAGAUUCUGUUUAUUCCAGUUAAAUAUUGGCACUAUGUGCGAUCACUUGAGCUCAGCUUCUCUGUCAGUUUCUGGUGGUCAUAACUCUGAAGCAUCGUCUGCAGCAUUGUAAUGGGAAUUAAAGAUCAGCAAAGUAGCA